AUGAAGACUCCUCCGCCUCUCGAGCAGACUGCGCUCGACUUUGUUCUGAAAAACUCUGGUGUCGAUGCUUUGGCUGUGGCAAAGCAAGCCAAAUUAGUCACACAAAAGGAUAUCAACCCAACACUGUACGCCCUUGAAAAGGCUGGGCAAAUUGUUCGCCGCGAGACCGGCUCUCGUCCGCUUUGGUAUGGGCCUGAAGUCUAUCCUCCAGCCUCGCCGCGUGUCCCCGUUUCAGCGGUGGCUUCGGCGGCCGCGGCGGUCAGCUCGCCAAUGCCGUCACCGCCACCAACCCCUCCUUCCCAUCGUUCGCCUCGGCGGCCUCAAGCAGCUUUGACUUCCGCGACCUCGACCCUCACGCCAAUCCAGCCCGCGCGGGUUGAUGACCUAGCUCCUGGUGUUGCGACGACUGCGGUUCCUGCAGCGCAUGCGGCGCUUGUUGACAGGGACAUCAACAAACUUCGCGAUAUGAUGACCUCCGACGUGCGGGGUGCUCAGGCAGAGAAACACUGGCAAAGCAAGUACCCUCAGAACCUCAACAACGUCGAGUUACGAACUCUGGCAGACCUCAAACUGCUCGCGAAAGAUCUGAAGCCGCGUGUGACUGGAGUCGGAUGCAAGAAUGACUGCUUGAUCAAGCUAAUCCAGCAGCUUUUUGAACGAGAAGUUCAAAACGGCAACGUGUGGUUCGAGCCAACGAAAACCACGACGCUUGUCAACCUGGGUUCAAAGCAGUUUCCGGGCGACUACGAGUCGUCAGUGGCUCUCCUCAUUGCUAAGACUCUCAAAGAAGAAGCAAAGGCAAACUUUUGGACUAGUCCAAGCACAACCGUCGAAAUCGACAUGAUCACCGAAUGGACGAAAAGCAACGAUGUCGCGUUUAGCUGCACGAUUCAUGAGAUCAAGGCCUCGUGUGCUCCGGCAAAGGUACUGAAGGCUCUCCAGCAAGGUGCUCGCGCCGCUCUGCUUGUCUGGACCGUGGCACAGGCUGUGUAUCGCGUCAAAACAGGUGCAAUCCACAUCAAGGUGAAUUGUUGCUCCUGCGCUGAUGUGGGUCCCGCCACGGACUCGCCUGAGCGGGAAAGGGCUAUCGGUCAGCUUCCGAGCAAACUGUAUCGUCGCCAGACUGAAGGCACAGCUGUCGGAUACAAGAUCGACACACGCUUCACUUACUCUGAUGAGGACACCCGCAAGUUUCUUUCGUCACUUCCAGUGGUUGUUCCGACCGAGCUGACUCUGUCGUUCUCCAUUGAGACUGAUCCAAUUCCUAUGGUGCGGUGACGUGCUCAUCUCGACCCCGACUUGCACUGCUUGACUCGCUCAAGGACACGC